AGCAGAUGUGAGAAAACAAACAAGGGAGGGGACGGGCCCGUGAACGCCGAUGCGCGCUCCCGAUAAUAAACCUCUGACGCCUUCAUCCGGGAACUACAACGAACUCGCUCUCCAACAUGGCGGCGUCAGCUAAGAAGAAGAAUAAGAAGGGGAAGACCCUCACUCUGACUGACUUCCUGGCAGAGGACAGCCCUGGAGGCAGCAGCGUGCCCCCCAGCUACCCAACCAAGUCAACUAGCUGGGCAGAUGAGACUGAUGACCUGGAGGGCGAUGUCUCGACCUCAUGGCACACGGAGGAGGAUAGCUUCCGGGCACCGCCCAUUGACCGGUCCAUCCUGCCCACAGCACCUCGUUCGGCUCGUGAGCCUAAUAUUGACCGGUCCCGACUGCCCCGCAGCCCGCCUUACACGGCCUUCCUGGGCAACCUACCCUAUGAUGUCACUGAAGACUCGAUUAAAGACUUCUUCCGCGGCUUGGCAAUCAGUGCAGUGCGUCUGCCUCGAGAGCCCAGUAACCCAGAGAGGCUGAAGGGCUUUGGCUAUGCUGAAUUUGAUGAUGUGGACUCCCUCCUGAGAGCCCUCAGUCUCAAUGAGGAGAACCUUGGAAACCGAAGGAUCCGUGUGGAUAUUGCUGAUCAGUCUAAUGAUAAAGAGAGAGACGGAGGUAUGGGCAGAGACAGGGGUGGACGGAUGUCAGACAUGGGUCCUGACAAGACAGACACUGACUGGAGGGCUCGGCCCACUGUAGAGGCUGAUGAUGGACCUCAGAGGAGAGACGAUGCCUUUGGAGAGAGAUCACGGGACCGUUAUGAGUCGGAUCGUUACAGAGAUGGGCCGCGGAGGGACAAUGACCGCUAUGACGGAGGAAGAGAUCGCUACCGGGAUCGUUAUGACGACCGGGACCGCAGAGACUUUGAUAGAGGAGGUUUUGACUCUCGUGGUGGUGGUGGUGGAGGUCGUCGGGCCUUCGGCAGUGGCUUCCGCCGCGAUUAUGACGACAGUCGGGGUAGCAGUGAUCGCUAUGGGGACCGGGAUCGAUAUGGCGAACGCGAAGAUAGGUUUGAAAGACGGGAUGAGAGGCGUGAGGAGAGAGCAGCUCCUCAGCAGAGACCCAAAUUGAACCUUAAGCCGCGUAGUGUGCCCAAGGAGGAAGAAGGCAGUGGCGGCGGCGGCGGCAGUGGAGGCGGCGGCGGUGGCGGCACUUCCCCAGCUGCAGCUCCGAGCUCCGGCAGCAGGGCCUCAUCCAUCUUCGGCGCGGCCAAGCCAGUUGACACGGCAGCCAAGGAGAGGGAGGUAGAGGAGAGGCUGAAGAAACAGGAAGAGAGGCUGCAGAGGCAGCUGGAGGAGGACAAAGGCCGGGGACCUGAGAGAAAGCUGAGAGACAGGGAUCCCAGCUGGCGCACUGAGGAAUCUCAUACUCAGCGAUCUCGCACAGGAAGUGAGUCUUCACAGCCAGGAAGCACUUCUGGAAGAGGCUCCCAGUGUCGAGACAGCGAGCGCUCUGGGGAGAAUGAGGUCUUCAGUGGGAGAGAAGGUGAGCCCUCCUCCCCUGGGACCUCCCCACUGCCCCCCUCUAGCAACUCCUCCAAGGAGCCCCUGAAGGUGAUGCCCGCACCUCCCCCCAAGGAGAACGCCUGGGCCAAGAGAAGUGCAGCAAGCACAGGCUCCUCUGAUGGUGAUGGACGACCUCCGGUCUCUCCUGUGUCCCCAAGUGGUUCAGCUCCUCCCAAGCUCAGCUCCAUAAAUUCUGCAGAUGAAAGAGGAUCUGGGAAAGAUGAGAACAAGGCUGACUGUGUGCGUCGGGACCGGGGGCCCCCACGAGCACGAGGGGGGCCUGCAGGGCCUGGAGCAGGGCGGGGCCGAGGAGAGGGGCCCAACAGAGACCGAAGAAAGGAGGCAGACAGGAAGGAUAACAGAAGAGACCGAGACUCCAGACCACCUCCAGAGCCAAAGAAAUUCGAAGAAACCCCAACCCCCAAGUUCAGCUCAGCCAGUAAGUACGCCGCUUUGCUAAUGGACGGAGACCAAGGAGACGAUGCAGAGGACGUAGAAUAAAGGGGAAAAUAACGAGACAAGGCCUGAAAGCGCAAGACGAGGAGACGACGAACGCAAAAAAAAAUCUCACAUAGCUUAUGAAAAAAAACUUCGUACAUGGAAGAGGCUCCUGGGAGGAGAUCGCUCCCUCCCUUCUUUCCUCCUACAAACCUGUCCUUUACUUUCAAAAUUCCCACCACCCCUUACCCCCAUCCCCCUCCCUCCCCCUCCCUCCCCCCUUCCUCACCGUCAAGACUAUUCAGGUUCUGAAGAAUAGUCGCAUACUGGACUUGUUUUUAAAUGGAAAAAAAGGAGUAGCUGACAUAUGGCAAAGUGAUGGAUAACAUUGAAUUAAUUGUAAUAAAUAAAUGAAAAAGUGGGGAAAAAAUGAA